AUGGGCACAACCUUGGGGAAGGUGUCGGACGCGGAUGCGGCGCCCAACGCGCCGCUGCUGACGGCGCCUCUCCCCGCGCCCCAGGACACGGUGUCCUACGCCAUCACCAUCGAGGGGAGGCCCUACACCAUCCACCUGCAGCAGCACCUCUUUUUAUCUGAGGAUUUCCGGAUCUACACGUACAACGAGAAGGGAUGGUUACACUCCGACCCGCCCGACAUGCAGGAAGAUUGCUACUACCGCGGGUACGUCGAGGGCUUCCCGGGCUCCAUGGUGACUCUCAGCACGUGCUCCGGCCUCAGGGGCUUGCUGCAGUUUGACAACAUGAGCUACGGCAUCGAGCCCCGGGUUCAUUCGCCCGCGUUCGAGCACUUGGUUUAUCCCAUGAGCAACGAGAACACGGCGGGUUCCCGCUUUGCAAACGUCCAUCCUGAGAGGGGGAAGGACGAGGUGGCAGCCGAGGACAUGAUCGUGAGGAUGAGAGACCCCCCGCCAGUAUCAUCUGCAACAAAGUCUCCCAGCUACGUGGAAAUAUAUGUAGUUAUGGACAAGGCUUUGUACAACUACAUGGGCUCAGACAGGAACGUUGUCACCCAGAGGAUUAUCCAGGUGUUUGGGUUUGUCAACAGCCUGUUUAAUCCUCUCAACGUGACGGUCGUGCUGUCGUCCCUGGAAUUCUGGAUCGACGACAACAAGAUUCCCACGACGGGGGAAGCGGAUGAAAUUCUACAGCAGUUUUUGCAGUGGAAACAGUCGUACCUCGUCCUGCGGCCCUACGACAUAGCUUAUCUAUUGGUGAAUCUCAAAUGCGGGAAGUUAAUCUGCACGUACCCGUAUCGCCACCCGCUCGCGACCACCAGUGUCGCAGUGAUUUACGCUCAAGUACGGGAGCAUUUAUGUGUGUCUGUGGAUUACAUGAACGCGUCUGCAAAGAUGAGUUCGCUGGUCGAGCCAGGUUUCUCCCUGCGACGAGCCCUGGAGGACACGGCGCAGACCUGGCUGCUCCUGGCCUUCUCCCUGCUCCUGCCCACCCUGGCCGGGGGCACCAUCCUGGUGCUCAAGUGGAAGGAGCUGGGCCGGUUCUGCAGGCUGGAGCCCCUGCCCACGGAGGAGCUGUUUUUAUCUGAGGAUUUCCGGAUUUACACAUACAAUGAGAAGGGAUCUUUGCACUCCGAUGAGCCCCAUAUCAAGGAAGAUUGCUACUACCGCGGGUACGUCGAGGGCUUCCCGGGCUCCAUGGUGACUCUCAGCACGUGCUCCGGCCUCAGGGGCUUGCUGCAGUUUGACAACAUGAGCUACGGCAUCGAGCCCCGGGUUCAUUCGCCCGCGUUCGAGCACUUCGUUUACGAGGUGAGCAACGAGAAGACGGCGAGUUUCCUCCUGGCCAAUGUCCACGAUGACCCGGAGAAGGAGGAGGUGACGCAGCAGAUAGCUCAGGACUUGCCCAAGGAGCAAUAUGAGUAUAUGGGCGCUAACAAACACGUUGUGACACAGAAGAUACUUCAGAUCAUUGGCUUUCUCAGCAGUAUGUUAAAAUCCCUGAAUUUAGCAGUCGUGCUGUCCUCGGUGGAGUACUGGGCAGAUGGGAAUAAAAUUGACACAGCACCGGAAGGAGAAAUCGUGCUGCAGCGAUUUUUAAAGUGGAAACAGACAAACCUUUUCCUGCGGCCGAGCGACGUGCCCUAUUUAUUGCUGUACAAGGAGCGCCCGACGUACAUCGGCACGACGAUGCCGGGCCAGGCGUGCCGGCGCGCGGACACGGACCCAGCGCCGAAAACUGGGAGCCUGGGAAUGAGCUACGACAAGGCUGGCCGGAGCUGCCGCUGCCCCGGCCCCGUGUGCGUGAUGAACUCGGAGGCGCUGCGUCACAGCGGGGUGAGAGCCUUCAGCAGCUGCAGCGCCGCCGACCUGGGGAGGUUUCUGCAGCUGCACCAAGACUGCCCCUUCGUCAGGUCCCAGUUUAAAGGCCCGACCUUCCGCGAAGCCGCCGUGUGCGGCAACAACAUCGUGGAGCAGGGAGAGCAGUGCGACUGCGGCUCCGUGGAGGCGUGCUCAAAAGACAAAUGCUGUACUCCCCAAUGUAAAUUCAAGCCAGGAAUGAAGUGUUCCUCGGGAUUAUGCUGUGAAAAUUGUCAGUUUAAGCAGAAGAACAGCAAGUGCCGGGCGCUCUCGGACGCGCAGUGCGACCUGGUGGAGUACUGCAACGGCUCCUCGGCCGCCUGUCCCCCCGACCUCUACAUCCAGGACGGCUACGAGUGCGAGCGCGGCACCGGCUACUGCUACAAGGGCCGCUGCCAGUCUCCGGAUCUGCAGUGCCAGCAGCUCUACGGGAGAGGUGCAAAAAAUGCUCCUCUGGCAUGUUACGAAGAAGUCAACAGUCAACAAGAUAGAUUUGGACACUGUGGAAAUGACCCGACAGAGGGGUAUCAGGCCUGUGCUUGGCUGAAUCUGAAGUGUGGAAAGCUGAUAUGUGCCUACCCGAAUCGUAUUCCGUUCACGAAAGUUAAAGGGGCCGUGAUUUAUGCUCAAGUGCAAGAACAUCUGUGUGUGUCGUUCGAUUACAUGCGCGGACCCACGGUGCCAGAUCCCCUCUUGGUUAAAGAAGGCACCAAAUGCGGUCACGGAAAGGUUUGUCUGAAUAGCACUUGCCUUCCACAUUCAGUCCUGAAGUACGAUUGCAAUCCGCAGAAAAAAUGCCACGGACAUGGGGUGUGUAAUAACAAGAAGAUGUGCCACUGUUUUCCGGGGUGGAAGCCCCCAACCUGCAAGGUCCAAGGGUCUCCGGCGAGCGGCAGCGUCAGCAGAAGGUCGCGGGUGCUGGACACCGAGGUGAGUGCCAAAAGCCCCUCCAGGGACUCGCUGAGGACGUGGCUGCUCCUCGGCUUCUGCCUCUUCCUGCCCGUCGCUGUUGGCGGCACCGUCCUGGUGAUGAAGUGGAAGGAGCUGAGCAGAUUCUGUGCAGGGCAGGCGUCGCACUUGGACGGGUAA